UAGAAGCGAGAAUAGAACGAGUCGAGCAAAAUAAUAAUAACAUGGAAUUUACUCAAAUUUCACUUGUCUCUUUUCUCUUCAUCUUUAUCACUGUCACAAUCUUGCUCACAAGAUCAAAUAAGAAGCUUAAGCUUCCACCGUCUCCUGCGAUACCUUUGCCUGUGAUCGGGCACCUCCACCUCCUCAAGCCAAGGCUCCACCGGCUACUACUCUCUUUCUCUCAGUCCCUCGGAAAUGCCCCUAUCUUCCACCUCCGCCUCGGAAACCGCCUCGUCGUCGUUUCCUCACGUUCCAUCGCUGAAGAAUGCUUCACCAAAAAUGACGUCGUUCUCGCAGACCGUCCCGUGUUCACCGUGAGUAAGCACAUCGGCUAUAACGCCACUCAUAUGGUAGCAGCACCCUACGGCGACCAUUGGAAGAACCUCCGCAGAAUCGCCGCCGUCGAGAUAUUUUCGUCUCAGAGACUCAAUACGUUUCUGUAUAUUCGUAGGGACGAGAUCCGACGGCUCAUCUCACGUAUCUCCCGAGACUCCUUACACAAAUUUGCGGAGGUGGAAAUGAAAUCGUUAUUAGGGAAUUUAUCAUCCAACAAUAUAAUCAGGAUGGUGGCUGGAAAGCGUUACUAUGACGAUGGUACGGAGGACAACGACGAAGCCAAGCGUGUGAGACAACUUGUGUCAGGGUUGACCGGUGGUGCAAGUGCCGGGAAUCCAGCCGACUAUAUUUCAAUCGUACGAUGGGUAACAAAUUUCGAGAAAACUAUCAAACAUUUAGGGAAACGAUUUGAUGCGUUUUUACAGGGAUUAGUUGACGAGAAACGUGCAGAGAAAGAGAGAGGUCAUACUAUGAUCGAUCACUUGCUUUCUCUCCAAGAAACUCAACCUGAGUACUAUAAUGAUGUCACCAUCAAAGGGAUGAUCCUCUCUAUGAUAAGUGCAGGGACAGACACAUCAGCAGCAACACUAGAAUGGGCGAUGUCAAGUUUGUUGAACCAUCCAGAGAUACUCAUGAAAGUGAGAGCUGAAAUCGAUGACAAAAUCGGAUUAGAUCGGUUAAUAGAGGAGUCAGACAUUGUGAAUCUUCCUUACCUUCAAAACACAGUGUCGGAAACACUGCGUUUGUAUCCUGCCGUCCCGUUACUACUCCCUCACAUGUCAUCGGAUGAUUGUAAAGUCGCGGGCUACGAUAUGCCACGUGGAACGAUACUUUUGGCCAAUGCAUGGGCCAUGCAAAGAGAUCCGAAGUUAUGGGAAGAACCUGAGAGGUUUAAGCCGGAGAGAUUUGAAAAGGAAGGGGAAAUUCAUAAGCUGAUGAUGCCGUUUGGGAUAGGGAGGCGAGCUUGCCCAGGAGCCGGGCUUGCUCAACGGUUGGUGGGACUCACUCUCGGAGCUUUGGUCCAGUGUUUCGAAUGGGAAAGGGUUGGUGAGGAACUUGUGGACAUGACCGAAGACGAUGGAGUUACGUUGCCUAAAAUGAUGCCGUUACGAGCUAUGUGCAGAGCCCGUAACAUAGUCAGUAAAGUUAUGUGAAAUGUAUUUUAAUUAAGUGUUAUGUAAAAUCAGAAUAAUCUGUCAGUUGUAUCUUUUAUCAAGAAAUGUAUUUUAAUUAAUUAAUCUUGUUUAUUUUAAA